AUGAAAGGCGACAACGAGCCCGCCGCGGCCGCGGAUCUCUCCUCCCUGAGCCCUCCUGGCUCCGAAAAGCACCACCGCGACGAGGAGCUCGGCAAGCCGGCGGCGCCCGCCUCCCAUGGCGAGGGCGCGAGCGAGUCGACCCGGCGCGGGCUCAAGUCGCGCCACGCGCAGAUGAUUGCCCUCGGCGGCUCCAUCGGCACCGGCCUCUUCGUCGGCUCCGGGCAGGGGCUCAAGAUGGGCGGGCCGGCGUUCCUGCUCGCGUGCUACACCAUCAUCACGCUGCUGCUGUACGGCGUCGCCACGGGCGUCGGCGAGAUCAGCGCGUACCUGCCCGUCCGCGGCUCCGGCGUCGCCUACUACGGCCACCGCUUCGUCUCGCGCAGCCUCGGCUUCACCCUCGGCUGGCUCUACUGGUACAUCUUCUCGCUGGGCAUCGCCGGCGAAAUCACAAUCACCACCAUUGUCAUCCAGUACUGGGAGUCGCCCGUGCCCACGGCCGCCUGGUACACCAUCAUCGCCGUCGUCAUCAUCGCCUGCAACUUCUUCCCCGUGUCCGUGUACGGCGAGGCCGAGUUUUGGUUCGCGUCGACCAAGGUGGUGGCCAUUAUCGGCCUGCUCAUCCUCACCGUCGUCCUCUUCUUUGGCGGCGGCCCGACGCACGAACCCCUCUACUUUACCAACUGGGCGCACCCGGGGCCCAUCAACACGUAUCUCCUCGAGGGUGGCGUCGGCCGCCUGUGCGCUUUUGUCGGCACCCUCACCUUCUCCGUCUACGCCUUCAUCUUUGCGCCCGAGAUGCUCGUCGCCACGGCCGGCGAGAUGCAGUCGCCCCGCCGCAACAUGCCCAAGGCCACCAAGCGCUACUUUUACCGCCUCGUCAUCUUUUACCUGCUGGGCGUGCUGGCCAUUGGCAUCCUCGUCCGCAGCGACAAUGCCGGCCUGCUCUCGCCGGGCAACACGGCGGCCGCCUCGCCGUGGGCGCUGGGCAUCAAGGCCGCCGGCAUCCCGGUGCUCGACUCCAUCAUCAACGCCGUCAUUGUCCUGUCGGCGUGGUCCACCGGCAACUCGUUCCUGUACAUCUCCAGCCGCGCCCUGUACUCGCUCGCGCUCUCGGGCAACGCGCCGCGCAUCUUUGCGCGCUGCACCAAGCACGGCAUCCCCCACUAUGCUACUGCGCUGAGCGCCUGCUUCGCGGCCCUGGCCUACAUGAACCUCGGAAGUACAGGCUCCGUGGUAUUCAACUGGCUCGUCAACAUUGUGAAUACAGGUGCUUUCCAGAGCUGGAUCUGCUGCUGCUUCAUCUAUGUUCGGUUUCACAAGGCCACCGAGCUGCAGAACGUGACGGUUGCCAACGGGCAGCUCCCAUACCGUUCGAGAUUCCAGCCAUAUGCGGCCUGGAUCAGCGGCGUCGUCUUCUUUGUGCUGCUGCUUCUCAACGGGUUCAAAGUAUUCGUCAAGGGCCACUGGGAUACGCCGACGUUCAUCACGUCCUACAUUGGCAUUGUGGUUUUUGCCGUAUUAUACUUUGGACACAAAUUUACCAUUGGACGAAACGAUCCUUGGAUGAUGCCAUUGCACGAAAUCGAUCUUCACUCGGGCAUGGAGGAUGUGAUGGCAGCCGAGUUGCCACCAUCGCCGCCGAUCAAAUGGUACCAAGUGUGGAGGAUCUUGUUUGACUAG